AUGGCCGCCUCCUCCGACAUCCCCCUCCAGAUCGCCGAGACGGUCCAGACGGCGCACAUCCGCCGCCACCCCUCCCCGACGCACGACAUCAACCCGCCCACCGCCGCCGACAAGCGCGAGCCCGUGCGCCUCGACGAGCUCGACGAGCUCGACGACGUCGUCUCGGAGCUGGACGACACCGAGGCCGAAGCCGAGGGCGACGAAGACGACGAAGUGCCCUACAGCGUCAUCCGGCCCCGGAGGCGCUCCGCCCAGCUGCCCCCGCUGCCGGACCUGCGCUUCGAGCAGAGCUACCUGCACAGCAUCGCCAACGCCGACACGUGGUGGAAGGUCGCGCUCAUCACGAUCCGGGAUCAGAUGAUGAUGCCUCUGAUGCAGGGCGUGCUCUACAACCUGGCGGUGUGCGGGUGGCAGCACUGGAACAAGAACGCCAGGAUACACGGCAACAGCGUGGGCGCGAAGAUGAGGAGAUGGUGGUACGGCGUGAACAAGUGGGCGAUACCCCCGGAAAAGAGGAGAGCCUUCUGA